AUGGUGUCCAGGAUAGCGUCGGUGCGAGACCGCGAUCCGUCCAGCAAAAGCGACUAUUUCUUCCACAGCCAGAUCCGGAACGUCUACCAGAAGCCCAAGAGCUUCAAGACGGUCAGUUGGAUCGUCUUCUUCCUCACCUUCGUGCUGGCCGUCAUUUUGGCCAUCGUGCUCAGGCAGAGAGUACGUUGGUUCCGUACCAACACGACGCACGUCACCCACUCGCCGGACAUACUGGAACCCUUCAAUCCCGAAUGCACCGAACCCGGCGCAAAGGUAGACAGAAAAAUGGAUAUCGAAGGAAUCGAUGACGAAGAUGUGGUCGAUGAUAAAGAUGUGGUCGAUAAGAAAGAUGUGGUCGAAGAGAAAGAUAAGAACAUCGUCAUCGGUAUAACGGGCGGCAUCGUGGCUUGUAUAGGAGUAGUGUCGCCCAAACGACAAGAGGUCCUCCUGUAUCUGGCCAUCUCCAUUCUCACCAUGGGCAUUGUGAACGUCGUCAUCACGGAACACUGGUUCUACGUACACGAUUUGUCGAAGAUAUUCAAGAAAUACACCAAUCACAUGCUCAUAGAAUACGGUUGUUUCGCGACGAGAGUCGCCGCCGCCGUCGUGUUGGCGGUUUCCUUCCUGGACUGUCAGCUGGCUUUCUGUUCGAUGCAGUUCGUUCCGAAGCCGAGGAGCAAGAAGCUCAGGGGCUCGCACGAGCAGCUGUCCGACAUCGAGUACAUCAUACCUAGGCCAAAGAACACCAAACCCGCCACGCAUACCGUGUACGAGGCUUACGCUCAAAGUUGGGUCUUCGACUCCGACAACGCCGGCCCUUCGAACGGGACGCCUGGCAAAGCACCUUACUUCGAUGUUGUACAAAACGGAACGCCCAAAAGGCAAUCCAACAAAUCCGCUAGUUUACAGAAUGGAAUGGUAAGAGAAAACGGCCAUAUCAUAGACAAUCCAGUCGUGCGAAUAGAAGAAGCUUCGGACGACAGCAACAGUAACAGCAACAGCGACAGGAAAUUAUGUUACAUGAAGAGUUUCUCGCGCUCGCAUUCGCCGGUCAUCCUGUCGGCCAGCUCGUCGCAAAUCAGCCUCAAUUCCAACCACAACAAGAACCCGCUGAUAUACGAAUGCCUCGAGAAGCUCACCGAGCCGACGAUCUACCGUUCCAGAUUGAACACGGCCGUCAGCAAUAGAAGCGAAUCGGAGGAGUCCUAUCACGGCCAACCGGCGGUGAUCAUGCGACGGCCGGAGUCCACCAGCCCCACCGUCGAAACCGUACAAUACGCCUCCCUAAUGAAGGAGCUCCAAAACAAGAUCGUCCACAAGAAGGAUGCUAGUUCGAACGUCGCCUCGCCGCAGAGCAAUACGAGCGACGCGCACAAUUCGAAGGCCAGCAGUCGAUCGGAGGGCAAGAGCAGCGACGCGGAUUUCUCCAAAGAACUCGAAGCCGCUCUCCAAUUGAUACAGGAUUUGGAGAGCCCGAAUACGAUCGAGACCCCGUCGGAGGCGAAGUCGUUGGACGGCCAGACCAGACAGCUGGCCGUUUGGAGGACGAGCGACGCCAGCGAGGGCAGCGAGAAAACCCUCAGCGCCGUCGGUUCCUUGGCCGAGAUCGCGUCGCCGCUGGCGGAGUGCCCGCCCGAAUUGGGCGCCUUCAAGCCGUCUGCGAACGGUAAGGGCGCCAAAGUUGUCGUUCAUUACCCAGACUCCCAGAGCACCUCCGGCUAUAGCUCCCCAUCGCACGGACCUACUCCGAAUUGGUCCACGACCUCCAGCAUAUCCGAAGGUAGCUCCGAUAACAACAACAAACCGCCAUUGUAUUCCAUUCAUAACAAUAACUCUUCGACGGUCAUCUCGUUGUUUUACACACCCAAUAACGCCAAAGGUAAAUCGGUUUCGCUAGUCAAAAUACCUGGCGAUUUGGAGCCAGUUAACAGUACCAAAAUCAAAAUCGAUCCGAACGGUCUGGAUGGCGGCGAUCUAGACGCCAACGUGCUAAACAGUCCGCUGAUUACCGAUUGCGGUGCCGGCAAAAACGACGAUUUCAUCGACGCUCAGUCCAAGGACAGGAAGUUCUCUUCCUUCAAACCCUCGCCCGUGCAAACCGGUUGGACAUUAAAUUCGCUGCUUCGCAAGAAAAAGCAAAACGCCCUACCGAAACUCGCUCCGGAACUGGAAGGGGCUAUCAUUAAAUCGGAAAGCCUGGCUUACUUGUCGGAGACUGAAUUGCUGGCCAGACACCAGCGAAACAAAGAAAUGCAAAGGGCAAUAGAGAAAAAAGUGGUGCAACAAUUGGCAGUUCCAAGGACUGAAUCCAACUGCUAGGAGUACGAUAAAAACCAACGUGAAACAAAAACCGAUGCACUUGGUAAUUUAAAAUAUCCAGUGUUGCCAAAUUGUAGAAAUAUGGUAGAUUAUGCGGUAUAAUUAAUUUUGAUUUAAUGAUUUGGUGACACUGUUUGUUAGUGAUAUGUGUGCGUCGGUUUUUGUUCGAUUGUAUAGAGUAGUUUAUAAUAUUUUCGAACUCGAAUUUCGAAAUCUCAUCCCGCUCCCCUAUUCACCGAUGCAAUUAACUGUAUUUCGUCCAAUUUCCAGACUUAUUUUAUCGGUAAUUUAUAUUUUUCCAAACCGUAUUUGUACGAUUAUAUGUUGUAUAAUAUUGUUGUUAUAGUUAUAUAGUUUAUUAUGAUAGUUCUAUUGUAAAUAUAUUCGAAUAUACUUAUUCUUUUUAUAAAUAAAAUUAUCC